AUCAUUUGCAAAUAGGGUUUAAUAAUGAUCAAUUUUAGGGUUUUAAUUCUCAAGUUUAAAUGCUUCACGUAUUUCUUUCCUUCCACUGCUUUUUCCCCUUUUUCUCUCUGUCUGGUAGCUAAAUAAAUAGGAGUAGUAGCAUUUGUACUUUUCUCACCCAAAUCACAACCGGCAUUCGCCAGGGUGUUAAGAAUCGUCGGUCGGUGUAGAGAGAGAGAGCGAGAGAGAUAGAAAGAGAAAGAGGGCGGCGGUCGGUGAAGCUGGAGUGUCGAGCUCUGCAAGAAUGAGCGCCUCUCGCUUUAUUAAGUGCGUCACCGUCGGCGACGGUGCUGUCGGUAAAACUUGCCUCCUCAUCUCCUACACCAGCAACACUUUUCCCACUGAUUAUGUUCCAACUGUUUUUGACAACUUCAGUGCGAAUGUGGUUGUGGAUGGGAGCACUGUAAAUCUAGGGCUGUGGGAUACUGCUGGGCAAGAGGAUUACAAUAGGUUGAGGCCCUUGAGCUAUCGUGGGGCCGAUGUCUUUAUUCUAGCAUUCUCUCUCAUUAGCAAGGCCAGCUAUGAAAAUGUAUCCAAAAAGUGGAUUCCUGAAUUGAGGCAUUAUGCUCCAGGUGUGCCAAUUAUUCUUGUCGGGACGAAGUUAGAUCUCCGGGAGGAUAAGCAGUUUUUCUUAGAUCACCCUGGAGCAAUAUCUAUUACCACGGCGCAGGGCGAGGAGCUGAGAAAGAUGAUUGGGGCUGCUGCAUACAUUGAAUGUAGUGCAAAAACACAGCAGAAUGUGAAGGGUGUGUUUGAUGCUGCUAUUAAAGUAGUUCUGCAGCCACCAAAGCAAAAGAAGAAUAAGAAGAAGAGAAAGGGUCAGAAGGCCUGCAGUAUCUUGUAACUCCCCUACCUACUAAAAAGAUGCCAACGAAGGAAAGAGCGGUUUAUGGGUUAGUGGUUGCAUUACUGACUAUAAAUAUACUACACGCCGUAGGAAAUCAAAAAAGCAUCUCGGCUUUGUUGGUUUUAUGGGUGUAUUAAUAAUUUGUAGGUCUGGGGUUUUGUGUAUAUGUAUGAGAUUUCAGAUAUGUUUAUGUUGUACAACUCGACUCAUCAUCUGGUCUUUUUCUUCCUUUAAUCUGUCUGUGUGGUUUGUCACGUAGUUGCAUUGAGUAUAAGAUAGUGUUAUAAUGCUUGCAACCCUGGAUGACAUAUACAUGUUCUUGGUAUGAAUCUAUUCUAUAGAAUUGAUUAGUCG